CUCUUAGCGGAGGUCCUUGUUGCUAGGAAACAAGUCGCAUCUUUCCCCUCGCGCGCGCGCUCCCUUGGUAAAGGACUGAGGGCUAGCUAAGGCCCCGUUACCUUAGUUCCAGAAAUCCCCUGCCUAUGAGAGCCUUUUCCUUCUAAUUCCUCACAAGCAGGCCGUGGCGGCAGGCGCAGGUUCCUCGCCUGGACCCGGCCCGCCGCCCAGCCAUGCCUAAGAAAGGGAAAAAGUUCAAGGCAGCCUUGACGGAUGAGGAGCAGCUGCUUUUGUUUCAGCAGAAGAUGCUGGCAGAGGAGGAGGCAACCAAGAAGAAAGAGAGGCUCAUCGCCCAGUUCUUGAAGGACAAGCUGGCCAAGGAAGAACACAACAGCAACUUGAACCUUAACAAGAUCAACACGCAGUGGAGAACUGUCCUCAGAGAGGUGAAGAACACAGAGCUUCACAAGGACCUUGAGAUCCUCAGCCAGACGUUUGAACGCGUGGUAGACUGCAAGGACAAUGUCAUCAAGGGGUGGGAAUUCAGCAGGCCCCAGGCAGCUUCACGUUAGAAGGUACAACGUAAGGAAGGCUUCUUCUUCUAUUUAAAAAAAAAAAUGAUUUAUUCUUAUUUUAUGUGCUUUGGUGUUUUGUGUGCCUGUGUGUAUGUGUGAGGGAGUUAGAUCCCCUGGAACUGGAAUUACACAGUUGUGAGCUGCUGUGUAGGUGCUGGGAAUCGAACCUGAGCCUCUGGAAGAGCUGCCAGUGUCCCUAACUUCUGAGCCAUCUCUUCAGCUCCAGCUUUUCCCCCCAGUGCUGGGGAACAAAGGCCUUGUACAUGCUAGACAAGCACUGUAAUGUAAUGAAAAUUUUGGAAUUUUGGUGUCUCUGAAAAACACAGAAAUGUUAAAAGAAUGUGUUAUUGUUUUAAUCCCAGGUAUGGGGGGGUGGGGCUGAACUAUGAUUUGCCUUGUGCUCUAGCGGAGGCGUGGUUUUGCCAGCUGCCGACAGUUACUGCAAUUGUGUGACGUUUGGCAUUCUGGCAACUUUUCAGAGUAUAUAAAUGCUAGAGCCCCGAGAGUCAGGAAUGGUGGGUGGUCAUUCAGGGGGUUGGUUGUGGUUAAUCAGUAGUCACACUCAGAGAAGAAGGAAAAGGAAAGAAAUUAGACCCAAGGAUCUUGAUCUCUCCUCUCUAUCCUUUCACCCCCUGUCACUAGAUAGGAGAGAAAGGAGGAGGUUGGGGAGAGCCUCCCUCUGCAGGACUAAUUACAGCUGGCAAAACUUGACAACCAUUGUCUCCUGGAGGUGUGAUGCCCUCUUCUGACCUCCAAGGGCACCAGGGACACACAAGGCACACAUGCAGAGCUGGGCGGUGGUGGCACACACCUGUAAUCCCAGCAAUCUGGGAGGCAGAGGGAAGCAGAUUGCUCUGAGUUUGAGGCCAGCCUGGUCUACAAAGAGAGUCCAGGAUAGCCAAGGCGACACAGAAACCCUGUCUCGAAAAAACAACACACACACAAAACAAAGUACUCAUACAUACAUGCAGACAACACUCAUAUACAUGAAACAAAAUGAAUCUAGAACAAUCAUUAAAAAAAAUAACGGACUGGGCCUGGUGUCACAUGCCUUCAAUUAGAGCAGAGGCUGAAGGUCUUCUGAGUUUGAGGCCAACCUGGUCUACAUCGCAAGUUCCAUACUAAAUAGAGUUACGCAGCAGUGAGACCUUGUUUAAAAACAAAACAAACAACACUUCACAAAUUCACAUGUCCACCUUGCUCAGAGUCAUGCUAAUCUUUGCUGUAUUAUUCCAGUUCUGGUAUAUGUGCUGGCCAAGUGAGCACUUUCUUUUUUGGAAGUCUCAUCAAGCUCAGUAGGCCAGUGAGCUUCAGGGAUCCACCACGAAGGAGUGGUGACCUGCACUGGGGUUAGGAGUGACCGCCAGGCCUGGGUCUGUAUGUGGGUUCUGGGACAGGUUCCAAACCCCGGCCCUUGAGCUCACUUGGCAGGAGCUUUGUCAGUUAAGCUAGGAGCCCACCCUCUUUUCUCUGAGUUCAGACUGGCCAUGACUUCACGGCAAUCUUCCUGCCUCAGCCUCUCAAGUGUUAAGAUUAUACUUGCGAGCCAGGUGUGGUGGCACGUGCUUUUAGUCCCAGUGCUGGAGAAGCAGAGGCGAAUGGGUCUCUGAGUUCAAGGCCAGCCUGGGCUAUAGAAUGAGUUCCAGGACAGCCAGAGCUACACAGAGAAACCAUGUCUCAAACAAACAAACAAACAAACAAACAUGAUUAUACUUGGGAACCACCAAACUCAACUACCUUAUAGCUUUAAAAACAAACAAACACAAAUUUAAACUGUGUGUGAGUGGGUGAGCAUGUGCUGCGGAGCAUGUAUGAAGGUCAGAGAACAGCUUUGUGGAACCUGUUCUCUCUUUUAAUGUGGAAUGCUACACAAGCCCCCAAAUUUGUACAGCAAGCUUUUCCACCCUCUGAACCAUUUUUUCCUUGCCCUGUGUUUCUCCAGACUUUCUGAAAGUCAGCAAGUAAGAAUCUGCUCCUUUUGUUUUAAGCACAGUCUCUCUGUGUAGUACUGACAGUCCUGGAACUCACUCUUGUAGACCAGGCUGACCCAGACUCACAGAGAUUCACAUGCAUUUACCUCCUGGGGGCCACUAUACCAGGCAGAUACUUAUUUUUCAAUCUGUUGCAGUGUUUAUCCUGACUAGUGCUCAAGCCGUUUUGUUUGUUUUUCCCCCCAGUGUUUUUUUCCUCUAGUCAAAGUGUUCCAGUUACCUCUUGAUAAUAAUAAGCCACCUGUGAGAUGGCAGCUUAAAACUGUAUUAUGUUCUGUGGUUCUGUGGGUAGACUGAACUGUGCAGCUCUGCAUACUAGGGACCUAGUCAAGGGCUUACAGCGUGCUAGAUAAACUGAGCCACCACUCAGCCACUGGACACCAUCCAUCCUGUUGUGUAGCAGCUCCCACCAGGGCAACCUCACUAAGACUCAGGAAGUUCCUGAAACAGAAGAUUCACAAGGAGCCUCCCUGAGGUUAUGUAAACAGAAACAGCUGCUAGAGAGAAGGGACCCUCAGACCAGCUAAACUGCCAAGCUCAGGGAUGUAGCCCAUGCUCCUGUGAGAAAUGCCAAUAAAUCAGCUCACCAGGGUGGACUUCGGUGGAAUCGUUAGUCUGCCUCUUACCGGGAGAGUAGAUAUCUGUUCCUGUUUCUCCAGGAGAGCCACACAACACAUCCUUAGCCCUGUGGCAACUGUCUCUCACGAGCAAGAAGGGUGUGUCACUGCUCGCCUCAGCCUGACUGGACUGCCAGCCAGGAGCUCACCUCAGCCUGACUGGAACUUACCUGGCCUCUCUAUCUGUUUUGUGUCUUUCACAGCACACUGGCUCCGUUCCUGGAGGAAGCAUUCCCAAGAAUAGGCAUUCCGAGAGGCAGGGAGUGGAAGCUGCAGGCCAGUUUAAGGGCUGUGUUGGAGCUGGCCAAGUGCCAGUUCCACAUCUUCUCUUGAGUCCAGUAAUCAUAAGGACACUCAAAAUGGAGGAGGAGGAGGAAAAGAGCCCUUUUCGUCUGUCCUCCCUCCUUCCCACUGAUCCACCUUCCUUUCUCUUUCUGGCCUUCCUUCCUUCUUUCUUUCCUUUUUUUUCUGAGAUGAGUCUUGCUGGCUUCAAACUAAUGAUCUUUCUAAACAUAUUUUAUUAUUUUUAACUUAUUUGUGUGUGUAUGGGUGGGUGGGGGUGGGUGCAUGUAAGUCAAAUG